AUGGCCACAUCGCCCACAGAACAGCGUGCUGGAAAGCGUCCACGAACUCAAUCGCUUCCUCCUCCGGAACUCCCGCAGCUGGUGGCCGAACAGCACCAGCCCAUUCCCUCGUCCGACAAAGACUCUCGCCGGCUCAUUGUCGUCCUCUCCAAUGCCAGCCUGGAAACGUACAAGGCGUCGCACUCGGCUGGUCCCAACCGCAUGGGUACUGCUCCGCGAGAGGAGAAGUACUCUUUGCUCAACAGCGAUGAGCACAUCGGCGUCAUGCGCAAGAUGAAUCGCGACAUCAGCGAUGCCCGCCCCGAUAUCACUCACCAGUGCCUACUCACACUGCUUGACUCGCCCAUAAACAAGGCGGGCAAGUUGCAAAUCUAUAUCCAGACCGCCAAGGGCGUCCUCAUCGAAGUGUCCCCUUCGGUCCGCAUCCCGCGAACAUUCAAGCGCUUUGCUGGACUGAUGGUUCAACUUCUGCACCGCCUGUCCAUCAGGUCGACCAACUCGCAAGAGAAGCUCCUGCGCGUGAUUCAGAACCCCAUAACCGACCAUCUGCCACCCCACUGCCGCAAGGUAACUCUCAGCUUCGAUGCUCCCGUCGUUCGGGUUAGGGAUUACAUUGACAGCCUGGACCCCAAGGAGAGCAUAUGCGUCUUUGUGGGUGCCAUGGCAAAGGGUGCCGAUAACUUUGCCGACGAGUACGUGGACGAGAAGAUUGGUAUCAGCCAUUACAGCCUGUCGGCUAGCGUUGCUUGUAGCAAAUUCUGCCACGCUGCCGAGGAUUGCUGGGACAUUUUAUAA